AUAAACAUUGCUUGACAUUUGUUGUUGAUUGAUUAUACUCUUGUGUUAUCGUAUCAAAUACUUUCGCUUUACUCAGAUGUUCUGUUGAUUCAUAAAUUAAAUCCUUCAUUAUAAACGAACCAAUAGUUCAUCAGAAGAGUUGCCAGCCAAUAAUGGAUCUGGAAGGCCUCCCGCCGGAGCUGGUGUGGCACAUAUUGGACAAUCUAACCGAUCUGCGAGAUCGCAAGAAUGCCUCUUUGGUGUGCAAAAGCUGGAACUGGAUGCUGUUCAACUCGCCGGUCGCGCUUUGUAGCAUAAGGUUGCGUGUUUGUCCCAAAGUGGCUAGCCUGGAUCGAACGGACGCCGAAGAGGUAUUCAAUCGGAUGAGCGACGUCAUGGUGUGCAGCAAGAGGAACUACAUCAAUGUGGAGUUCUUCCAUGUGAAUUUUGAGAGACCGAUGGCGCGGGAAUUGUUGUUCUUCAUGGUUCAGCUGUGCUGCGACACGAUCGAGAAUUUGGUUUUCACGAAUUGUCAUGGGCUGCGGCGAAGUGAGUUGUGGCAGGUUUUGGAAUUGCUACCAAAACUGACGGAUCUUACAAUUUCCGGAGGAAUCUACUACGAUGAAUUCGAUAAUGAUGCAGAAGUAACUGAACUGAAGAAACUGGAAAGCUUAUCGUUGGACAUCGGUGAUGACUGUCGGCUGUAUCAGGACUUUUUGACAAUCACACCGAAUUUGUCGAAGUUUAGUGUCCGGACAAUUCACGGUUGUGUAGAUUUACGAGACGUUGUGUUGACUCGCUGUUUCAGCCACCAGCUAGACACGUUAAGCUUCUCCACUAAUAGAUGUUUCAAUCAGUCAGAGUUUUCGGACAUGAACUUCACACAUUUAACGAAACUUGAUCUUAAGAUAUCUGGAUCAGUGUGGCCACAGUUGUUCAAGCAGAUGAAGUUGCUAACAGAACUUCAGAUAGAAGCCGGGAUUAAUGACGAAGUGAUAGCAGCCAUUUGCGCAACAUCAUUAAAGCUACGGAAAUUGAGUCUUCUCUGUUCCGGAUUCGUAGAGUGCAAAAAAUUCAACAUGCUGACCAGAUUGGAAAACCUCGAAGACCUCCAAAUAAGAGGAAUUUACAAAUUCAGUUGGCGGCAUGUUACUUUCAGCAAACUCAGACGACUGCACGUAGAUAACGUGGCUACUGACUUCACCAACUUUCUGAAAGAACUCCCCACCCUGAAAAUUUUGGAAAUUCACGAUACAAAGCUUAAGAAUGAGCAGUUGAUCAAAUUCACGUUGAAUGCGCCAACGAUCGAACGUCUCGAACUGGCAUUCUGCAACAAAUUGAGCGACAAGGCUUUCAAACAUCUAGCAGAUAUGCCGGACCUGGAAGAACUACGACUUUGGGCAAUCAAUGUCUCCAAAACCAUCGACGAACGAAUGCUUUGUCCCAAGCUUAAAAAAGUCAUUUUCUACUUCAAUGAUAAUAUCGAGGAUUCCACACUGGAGGCCCUUGCCGCGAAACUGCCCCAUCUCCGAUUGCUGGUGCUGUACGACUGCUACCGGAUAACUCCACAAGGUGUAACUAAUCUGCGCAAAACGAUGCCCACGUGCAAUGUGCUGGAGCUGUACCGGGGUGAUGAGCUUCCACCAGCUCUGGUGGCAGAACGCCAGAUCUACUACCGCAAUGCCGAGUUCCCCAAUGGGGUUCUCAAGCAGGAACUGCCCUUCCAGUGGUAUUGAAUUGAACAAAUUCAGAUAACGUGGUUUAAAUUGAAAGAACUGAACUGUGUCAGGAGUUGUGCAUUUGUAAAGUAAAAUAAGUAUUAGUCUAAACAUUUAGCGAACGCGUUAUUAUAUUUUUCAAAAUGUGAGUCAUAGUGCUGUAAGAUGAUUUUGAACAAUUAUUUAUAUAGAUCAAAUAAGCUACUCAAAGUAAUAUAAAACUAUGUGAACUACUUAAUGAUUUUCAUUUGAACUUGUAUUCCCGAAAUUUUGAGUCUAU